AUGAAGUACCAUUUCCCUGCUAAGAACCUUUUCCUUGCCCUUUUGUUGUUAGAGGCAAUCUGUGUGGGUCUGAGCAAUCGAUUGCCAUACUUCAUAAAUUAUUUCUUCGACACAUACCUGUUGAUCAAUGAAGAUACUCCAGUAGGUUCAUCAGUGACACAGCUGCUUGCUCGUGACCUAGACAAUGAUCCCCUCGUAUAUGGAGUUGUAGGGGAGGAAGCUAGUCGAUUCUUUGCCGUGGAAAGCCUGACUGGAGUCGUGUGGCUGAGGCAACCAUUGGACAGAGAGACUAAGUCAGAAUUCACGGUUGAAUUUUCUGUCAGCGACAGCCAAGGGGUUAUCAAAGGGUCAGUGAAUAUCCAAGUGGGAGAUGUCAAUGACAAUGCACCAAGAUUUCACAAUCAGCCAUACAGUGUCCGCAUCCCUGAGAACACACCCGUGGGAACUCCAAUUUUCAUAGUGAAUGCCACAGAUCCAGAUCAGGGUGCUGGUGGAAGUGUGCUUUAUUCUUUCCAGCCUCCAUCCAACUUCUUUGCCAUUGACAGUGGCCGUGGGAUUGUGUCAGUCAUCCGAGAACUGGAUUAUGAAGUCACACAGGCCUAUCAGCUUCAGGUUAAUGCUACAGACCAGGAUAAAACCAAGCCCCUCUCCACUCUGGCUAAUCUUGCAAUCACCAUCACAGAUGUACAAGAUAUGGACCCAGUCUUCAUUAACCUGCCCUACAGCACAAACAUCUACGAGAAUUCUCCUCCCGGUACAACUGUUCGUAUGAUAACUGCAAUUGACCAGGACAAAGGACGCCCCAGAGGUAUUGGAUACACAAUUGUGUCAGGUAACACCAACAGUAUCUUUGCUCUGGACUACAUCAGUGGUGCUCUAACUCUGAAUGGACCACUGGACCGAGAAAAUCCUUUCUACAGCGCUGGGUUUAUUCUCACAGUGAAGGGAACCGAACUGAAUGAGGACCGCAUGCCAUCCAAUGCAACAGUGAUUACUACCUUCAACAUUCUUGUCAUUGAUAUAAAUGACAAUGCACCUGAGUUCAACAGUUCAGAGUAUAGUGUGGCCAUUCCUGAAUUGGCCCAGGUGGGCUUUGCUCUUCCGCUUUUCAUCCAAGUGCAGGAUAAAGAUGAGGGACUCAACAGCGUUUUCGAAGUGUACCUGGUGGGAAACGACUCCAACCAUUUUAUCAUCUCCCCAACUUCAAUUCAAGGAAAGGCGGACAUCCGGAUUAGAGUUGCAGUGCCACUGGAUUUUGAGACCAUCCCUCGCUAUGAAUUUUCUCUGUUUGCAAAUGAGAGCAUACCAGAUCACGUAGGCUUUGCACGGGUGAAGAUCAACCUUAUCAAUGAGAACGACAACCGGCCAAUUUUCAGCCAAGUCCUGUACAAUAUCAGCCUAUUUGAGAAUGUCACGGUGGGAACUACAGUUCUGAGAGUCCUGGCAACAGACAAUGAUGUGGGCUCUUAUGGAAAGGUCAACUACUAUUUCAGUGAUGAUCCUGACAGAUUCUCAUUAGAUAAGGACACAGGCAUAAUCACACUGAUCGGUCGGCUUGAUUUUGAGACAACCCAACGCUAUACUUUGACGGUCAUUGCCAGAGAUGGAGGUGGAGAAGAGACAACAGGAAGAGUCAGGAUCAAUGUUCUGGAUGUGAAUGACAAUAUCCCCACUUUCCAAAAGGAUUCCUAUUUGGGGGCUCUGCGGGAAAACGAGCCUUCAGUCACUCAGGUGGUCCGUGUGAGGGCAUCAGAUGAAGAUUCUCCUCCAAACAACCAGAUCACUUACAGCAUUGUAUAUGCUUCUGCUUUCCGAAGCUACUUUGACAUUACUUUGUCUGAAGGUUAUGGAGUGAUCAGUGUUGUCCGCCCUCUGGAUUAUGAGCAAGUUCUCAAUGGUGUAAUUUUUUUGACUGUGAUGGCUAAGGAUGCAGGCCUGCCACCACUCAACAGCACUGUCCCCAUCACCAUUGAAGUGUUUGAUGAAAAUGACAACCCUCCUACAUUCAGCAAGCCCUCCUAUGUCAUCACAGUCAUGGAGGAUAUCAUGGCAGGAGCAACAGUGCUGUUUCUGAAUGCCACUGAUUCUGACCGAUCAAGAGAAUAUGGCCAGGAAUCUAUUAUCUACUCUCUGGAAGGAUCUUCACAUUUUCGUAUUAAUGCCCGCUCAGGAGAAAUCACUACAACAUCUUUAUUGGACCGGGAAGCUAAAGCAGAAUAUAUAUUGAUUGUGCGGGCAGUGGACGGUGGUGUGGGUCACAACCAGAAAACUGGCAUUGCUACUGUAAACAUCACUUUGCUGGACAUUAAUGAUAACUAUCCAGUAUGGAAGGAUGAGCCAUACUUCAUUAAUCUGGUGGAGAUGACCCCUCCAAACUCUGAUGUCACUACAGUGGUUGCUUUUGACCCAGACCUGGCAGAAAAUGGCUCCCUUGUCUACAGCAUCAGACCACCAAACAAAUUCUACAGUCUUAACAGUACCACAGGGAAGAUUCGGACAACAGGGGUUGUGUUGGACAGAGAAAAUCCAAACCCUCAGGAAGCUGAGCUCAUGAGAAAGAUUGUGGUCUCUGUUACUGACCGUGGAAGGCCACCAUUACGUGCCACCAGCAGUGCCACUGUAUUUGUGAAUUUGCUAGAUCUCAACGACAAUGAUCCCACUUUCCAAAACUUACCUUUUGUCACCGAGAUUCCUGAAGGCCUUCCAGCAGGCUCCUCUGUCUUUCAGGUGGUAGCCCUUGAUCUUGAUGAAGGCUUCAACGGUCAAGUAGCAUAUAGGAUGCAGGUGGGCAUGCCCAGGAUGGACUUUGUCAUCAACAGCACCAGUGGUCUUAUCAACUCCACAGCUGUGCUGGACAGGGAAAGGAUCGCCGAAUACUACCUGAGGGUGGUGGCAAGUGACGCAGGAGUGCCUUCCAAAAGUUCUACAAGCACACUCACCGUCCGAGUUUUAGAUGUGAAUGAUGAGAACCCUACCUUCUUCCCAGCGGUCUACAAUGUAUCUCUUCCAGAAAAUAUACCUCGUGAUUUCAAAGUGGUUCGCCUGAACUGCACCGAUGCUGACGAGGGCCUCAAUGCUGAGCUCAGUUAUUUCAUCACAGGUGGCAACCAGGAUGGAAAAUUUAGUGUUGGCUUUAGAGAUGGCGUAGUUAGAACCGUAGUCAACCUGGACAGAGAAACCAUGUCAUCUUAUACACUCAUCCUAGAGGCCAUUGAUAAUGGCCCCACUGGCAAGCGGAGGACUGGGACAGCAACUGUACGUGUCACUGUGUUGGAUGUGAAUGACAACCGACCAAUCUUUCUUCAGAGCAGCUAUGAAGCUACUGUUCCUGAGGACAUCCCAGACUACAGCAGCAUAGUGCAGGUAAAGGCCACAGAUGCAGAUGAAGGUGUAAAUGGCCGUGUAUGGUACAGGAUUGUCAAGGGAAACAAUUAUAAUAACUUCCGGAUCAAUCCCAGCAGCGGACUCGUCAUGCGAGGUUUACGGCCUCUGGACAGAGAACGCAAUUCCUCUCAUGUCCUUGAAGUGGAAGCCUAUAAUAGUGAACAAGGACCAAUGAGGAGCUCUGUGAGGGUAAUAGUCUAUGUGGAAGAUGUCAAUGAUGAAGUGCCAGUAUUUACUCAAAGGCAAUAUAACCGGCUGGGUUUACGAGAGACUGCUGGGAUUGGGACAUCUGUUGCAGUUGUCCGGGCAACCGAUCGAGAUAUAGGAAAUGGAGGUCUGGUGAAUUACAAAAUUGUUUCCGGUUCUGAGGGGAAAUUUGAAAUUGAUGAAAGCACUGGGCUCAUUACCACAAUUGACUACCUGGACUACGAGACAAAAACCAGCUAUUUGAUGAAUGUCUCAGCUACAGAUCAAGCCCCUCCCCGCAAUCAAGGCUUCUGCAGUGUCUAUGUCAGCCUUCUCAAUGAACUAGAUGAAGCUGUACAGUUCUCAAACACCACUUAUGAGGCAGUCAUCACAGAGAACAUUCCCUUGGGCUCUGAAGUGCUGCGUGUCCAGGCCCGCUCCAUUGACAACCUUAACCAGAUCACAUACAAGUUUGACCCCAAUACUAACGCCCAAGCUCUGGCUUUGUUCAAAAUAAAUGGAAUCACUGGUGUGAUCACAGUCAAAGGACAAGUGGAUCGAGAGAAGGGAGAUUUCUACACUCUAACUGUUGUUGCAGAUGAUGGAGGUCCAAAGCUUGACUCAACAGUGAAGGUUACUAUCACCAUCCUGGACGAGAAUGACAAUAGCCCACAGUUUGACAUUACUUCUGACUCCUCUGUCAGCGUGCCAGAGGACAGUUCAGUUGGACGUCGAAUUGCCCUAGUUCUGGCCAGGGACCCCGAUGCAGGAAGCAAUGGGCAGGUUGUGUUUUCUCUGGUGUCAGGAAACAUGGGCAGGGCCUUUGAAAUACGUACAACGAACAAUACCUAUGGAGAAGUAUUUGUGGCCAGACCUUUGGACCGGGAACUAAUGGAGCAUUACACGUUAAAGAUUCAGGCAACUGACAAAGGUGUUCCACCUCGAAGGAAAGAACACACCUUAAGAGUUAAUAUACUGGAUGUUAAUGAUAAUCCCCCAGUCAUUGCAAACCCAUAUGGCUACAAUGUUAGCAUUUAUGAGAAUGUGGGUGGAGGCACUGCUGUUGCUCAGGUGCAAGCCACUGACAGGGACAGUGGCCUCAAUAGUGUCCUCUCCUACUACAUCACUCAAGGGAAUGAGGAACUGACCUUUCGUAUGGAUAGAGUGACCGGGGAGAUUGCCACCCGUCCUUCGCCUCCAGAUCGUGAGAGGCAACAGUUCUACCAGCUGGUGGUCACUGUGGAGGAUGAAGGCAACCCAGCCCUCUCAGCCACUACUACAGUUUAUGUAACCAUCCUGGAUGAGAAUGACAACGCUCCAGCAUUCCGCCAGCAGCAGUAUGAAGUCACCUUGGACGAGGGCCCGGGCACCCUCAAUGCCAUCCUUAUCACCAUCAAUACGGUGGACCUUGAUGAAGGUCCAAAUGGCACUAUUGCUUAUGCCAUCACGGAGGGGAACAUCAUGGGCACCUUUCACAUAAACAGCACUACGGGGCAAAUCCGCACCAUGAAGGAGCUGGACUAUGAAAUCAGUCAUGGGCGUUACACACUGAUAGUCACUGCCACAGACCAGUGCCCAGUCCCUUCACGCCGGCUCACGUCCACCACAACGGUGCUAGUGAACUUGAAUGAUAUCAAUGACAACCAACCAACAUUCCCACGUUCUUAUGAAGGGCCUUUUGAUAUCACUGAAGGUCAGCCAGGCCCAAGAGUGUGGACUUUCCUGGCCCACGAUGGAGACUCGGGGCCCAAUGGACAAGUAGAGUACAGCAUCAUAGCAGGAGACCCCCUUGGAGAAUUCGUGAUCUCUCCUGUGGAAGGAGAGCUGCGCGUGCGGAAGGAUGCGGAGCUUGAUCGUGAAAACAUUGCUUUCUAUAACCUCACCAUUGUGGCCAAGGACAGAGGAGUGCCACCUCUCAGCUCCAGUGUCAUGGUGGGAGUGCGUGUUCUGGACAUAAACGAUAAUGAUCCUGUCCUUCUAAACUUACCAAUGAAUCUCACUCUCAGUGAAAAUGCACCCAUUUCCAGUGUCGUCACCCGCAUCUUUGCCAAUGAUGCUGACAGUGGCAGGAAUGCUCUUUUAACUUUUAGCAUCACAGCAGGAAAUACAGACAAUGCUUUUUACAUCAAUGGCACCCCUGGCAUAGUGUAUGUAAACCACCCAUUGGAUAGGGAGCGGGUGUCAGAAUAUAGACUGACAGUGGCAGUGAAGGAUAAUCCAGAAAAUGCACGUAAUGCAAGACGGGAUUUUGACUUGCUGGUGAUUUUAGUGGCAGAUGAAAACGAUAACCACCCCCUCUUCACUCAGAGUUCCUACAAGGCUGAGGUGCUGGAGAACUCAGCACCAGGAACCCAUCUCACAGUCCUUAAUGGGCCAAUUCUAGCUCUGGACAAUGACCAGGGUAUCAAUGCAGUGGUGACAUAUCAGUUGCUUGGAACAGCAGCGGAUCUCUUCAUCAUCAACAACAAAACAGGUAUCAUUCUGGUGAAGCCAGGACUGCUGAUAGACAGAGAAGCCUUCUCAAAUCCAAGAAUAGAAUGUCUGCUUGUUGCAAUGGAUAUUGGCAAACUGAACAGCACUGCUACCCUCACAGUGACCAUUCUGGAUGACAAUGACAACCGGCCAACCUUUCAUCCAGCUGUGUUGACCACUCGACUGCUGGAAAACAGCCCUCCAGGUUUUUCUGUCCUUCAGGUAACAGCGACUGACCUUGAUAGUGGCCUCAACCAGCUGCUGAACUAUCGGAUUGAAAGUGGAGCUCAAGAUAAAUUUUUGAUCAAUGCCGACAUGGGAGUUAUCAGUGUGGCCAACACUACCAUAGACAGAGAAGAAAAAGACAACUACCGUUUGACAGUGGUUGCCAUGGACCGAGGUACACCAUCUCUCUCAGGCACAGCCACCGUAAACAUCCUCAUUGAUGAUAUUAAUGACUCUCAGCCUGAGUUCCUCAAUCCCAUCCAGACCGUCAGCAUACCUGAAUCAGCUGCUAUAGGUACAGUUGUGGCUGAAGUGACAGCAAUAGACAGAGAUCUCAACCCUCGGCUGGAAUAUUACAUCCUUGAAAUCGUGGCCAAAGAUGACACAGAUGCUGUAGUGCCAGACCAGCAAGGAGCUUUUGCCGUGGACUUUAGAACAGGAGCUGUGAAAGUUAAGUCCACUCUCAACCGAGAACUGGUGGCUACUUACGAAGUUACAGUCUCUGUCUAUGACAAUGCCAGUGAUGUGGUUGAACGCUCAGUUAGUGUGCCAAAUGCAAAAUUGACAGUAAACGUGUUGGAUGUCAAUGAUAACGCCCCUCGCUUCCGCCCUUUUGGGGCAACGUUCUUCACAGAGAAGAUCCUGGAAGGAGCUACUGCAGGAACUACCCUGAUAUCUGUGUCUGCUGUAGAUCCAGAUAAAGGUGCUAACGGGCAGAUCACCUAUAAGUUGCUAAACCUUUCGCCUGAGGGAUACGUCCAGCUUGAAGACAUCUCAGCAGGAAAGGUAGUUUCCAACCAAACAUUGGAUUAUGAAGAGGUACAGUGGCUGAAUUUCACUGUUCGGGCCUCAGACAAUGGGAUUCCACAGAGAUCAGCUGAAAUACCAGUAUAUUUAGAAAUUGUGGAUAUCAAUGACAACAAUCCCAUCUUCACCCAGCAGUCCUACCAGAAAUCUGUCUUUGAAGAUGUCCCAUUAGGCACUGUAAUUCUGCGAGUCCAAGCCACAGAUGCUGAUGCUGGACGUUUCUCCCAAAUUCAAUACAGCCUGGGUGAUGGAGAGGGCAAGUUUGGGAUCAAUCCCAACACGGGGGAUAUCUAUAUUCUUUCAGCUCUGGAUCGGGAAAAGAAAGAUCAUUAUACAUUGACUGCUGUAGCCAGAGACAAUCCAGGGGACGUUUCUAGUAACCGUCGAGAGAACUCUGUGCAGGUAUUAAUUACAGUCCUGGACAUCAAUGACUGCCGACCUCAGUUUACCAAAAAACAGUACAGUACUAGUGUGUAUGAAAACGAGCCGGCAGGGACAUCUGUCAUCACUAUGACUGCUACUGACCUUGACGAGGGAGGCAAUGGAGUGGUGACAUACAACAUGGAAGGGCCUGGUGUAGAAGCCUUCAAAAUUCACAAAGACUCGGGGCUUAUAACAACACGCAGACGUCUUCAAUCUUAUGAGAGGUUCAACCUGACGGUGGUAGCCACAGACAAAGGAAGACCGCCUCUUUGGGGGACUACCAUGCUCCAAGUGGAUGUUAUUGACAUCAAUGAUAACCGACCGUUAUUUGUCCGGCCCCCCAACGGUACUAUUCUGCACAUUAAAGAGGAAAUCCCUCUGCGAUCCAAUGUGUACGAAGUCUAUGCCACAGACAAGGAUGAGGGCCUCAAUGGAGCUGUGCAAUACACUUUACUCAAAACUGGUGCAGGGAAUAAAGACUGGGAAUACUUCACUAUUGACUCCAACAGUGGGCUUAUUCAGACAGCAAUGAGGCUGGACCGAGAGAAGCAAGCUGUAUACAGUUUGAUCAUUGUGGCAUGUGAUCAAGGGCAACCACCAUAUGAGACCAUGCAGCCCCUCCAAGUGGCGCUGGAUGAUAUUGAUGACAACGAACCUGUCUUCAUGAGGCCGCCUAAAGGGAGUCCUCCUUAUCAGGUGCUUUCCAUGCCAGAACACUCCCGCCCCCAUACUAUUGUGGGGAAUGUCACUGGAGCAGUUGACGCUGAUGAGGGUUCCAAUGCUAUUGUCUAUUACUUCCUUGCAGCUGGCAAUAAAGAAAACAAUUUCCAACUGAGCCGGGAAGGAAAAUUGCAGGUUUUGCGGGACUUGGACCGAGAAAAAGAGACUUUCUACUCUGUCAUUGUCAAAGCCUCAAGCAACAGGAACUGGACGCCUCCCCAGGGUCGCCGAGCAGCCAGGAUCCAAGCCAUGGACCUCAGCACUGACCCGACCCUCCAAGAAGUACGGAUCUUUCUAGAAGACAUUAAUGACCAGCCUCCCCGGUUCACCAAGUCAGAAUACACUGCAGGGGUUGCAACUGAUGCAAAGGUGGGUUCCGAGCUGAUCAAGCUUGUUGCACUGGAUGCUGAUGUGGGGAACAAUAGCCUAGUCUUAUACAGCAUUUUGGGGAUACGCUACAUCAAGCAACAUUCAAACGAUUCUGAAGAGGUGGCCAACAUUUUCAGCAUUGGUAACCUAGAUGGGAUCCUUCGAACCUUUGACCUCUUCACUGCAUACAACCCUGGCUAUUUUGUGGUGGACGUGAUGGCCUCCGACCUGGCUGGUCACAACGACACUGCUGUUGUAGGAAUCUACAUCCUGCGGGAUGAUCAGCGGGUAAAGAUUAUAAUCAACGAGAUCCCAGAUAAAGUGCGGCAAUUUGAGGAAGAGUUCAUCAGCCUGUUGUCAAAUAUCACAGGGGCCAUUGUCAAUACAGAUGAUGUGCAGUUCCAUGUUGACAAAAAGGGCCGUGUGAACUUUGCCCAAACAGAAUUGCUGAUUCAUGUGGUGAACCGGGAAACUAAUCGGAUUCUGGAUGUAGAACGAGUAAUCCAGAUGAUUGAUGAGAAUAAAGAGCAGCUGCGGAAUCUCUUCAGGAACUACAAUGUCCUGGAUGUGCAACCUGCCAUCACUACGAGGGCUCCAGAUGACCUGUCAGCACUGCAGAUGGCAAUAAUCAUUCUGGCUAUUCUCCUCUUCCUGGCAGCCAUGUUGUUUAUCCUCAUGAAUUGGUACUACAGAACAGCACACAAAAGAAAACUGAAAGCAAUUGUGGCUGGUUCCACAGGUCUGAAAAAAGAUGGGUGGACAACACAGAAAUCACUGGAGUGCAACAGGUUGGCAACAACAUCAUCUGGAUUCUCCAUAAAAAGUAACCGAGGUUUUAUGGACAUCAUGGAUAUGCCAAAUACAAAUAAAUAUUCCUUUGAUGGAGCAAACCCUGUCUGGCUGGAUCCUUUCUGCAGAAAUCUGGAACUGGCAGCACAAGCUGAGCACGAGGAUGACCUGCCUGAGAACCUCAGUGAAAUCACAGACCUGUGGAAUAGUCCAGCCAGGACUCAUGGAACGUUUGGGCGAGAGCCGUCCGCUUCCAAACCUGAAGAUGAUCGCUACCUGAGAGCAGCGAUCCAGGAAUAUGAUAAUAUUGCCAAACUGGGCCAGAUCAUGCGAGAAGGGCCCAUCAAGCUGAUCCAGAAUGAUCUGGAUGAGGAGGAGGAGCAAAGAAGUCCAAGCCAAGGGAGCCUUCGUUUCCGGCAUAAGCAGCCCAUUGAGCUCAAAGGACCUGAUGGGAUCCAUGUGGUCCAUGGCAGCACGGGCACUCUCUUAACCUCUGACCUUAACAGCCUCCCUGAGGAUGACCAGAAAGUGCUUGGCCGCUCCUUGGAGACACUGACUGCUGAUGGCGGGGCAUACUGUGACAGGAAUGCCCGCACCGAGUCCGCCAAAUCCACCCCUAUGCACAAGAUGAGGGAAGUUAUCAUGGAGAGUCCGCUGGAAAUCACAGAGUUAUGACUAGAAGUGGCAUCGCUGGUGUAGCACACCAAUAAAAGCCCAGGCCCACACAGACUGUCACUGCAGAAGGGAGAACACCGACCAAGGGACAAACGUGGCAGAAGAGAAAUCAAGAGGCUGAGGUCCCCAGUGCCUGCCCACCAAGCUGCUCCAGAGUAAACCUGACCAAGAUCGCCAAUUGUUCUGUUAUGGCAGCCUUAGAGAACCUCACCUCUAGUAGUGAAGACUCUCAGGACUGUUUGCUUUUACCAGGCAAUCAUACCGUUAAUUUCAUACCUUUUUAAUUUUCUUUUUUAAUUAAAAGGUGUUUAAGGGGGGGAAAGCAGUGGGAGGCCCUGAGGUAAAAAACCUAUGGCUAGAAUUGCAAUAAUCAUGGUGCCAUGUCCCAUCAACAGAACCAGCUAGGUUCUCCACUAUGUCCUGGAUUAUUCCAGUAUAUUCUUCCACCCGCCAACCCCCAAAGUGGUGGUGGGGAAAGAGGGCUGCUAACCAAAUGCAGCUAACAUUAUCCUAGGACUAUCAACUGAUACACAGGGAUUUUGUGACGAACUUGAGGAAGCUCCACAAAUCUCUUUGGUAUUAAUCUGUGUUGGCUCAUUAACAGAAAAAAAGGGGGGGGGACUGAAGCCAUUUCUUCAUUUUCGCUGGUUUACCAAAACACUGCAGCAUCAAAAGCAACAGAAUGACAUUAAUUCAGGUUCUGAACGUAGAGUGUUUGUGUGUAAUUAAAUUUUUUUCCCUCUUUUUGUUUUUGAACAGUGAAGUGUUGAGAGUUUUGGGAUGGUCUAUCAAAGGAACCAGAAAUAUAUUAUACAAGAAUUUGGUUAAUCUGUCUUUUACCUGUCCUACUGAAACUGACGCGCUGAGCCUCUUGGACAUAGAUCUUAGUGGUUGUGUAGGUUAAGUGCACCACACUAUGGGAGCUGAGAAAUCAGAAUUGUGUGCCUCCAUAUACCAGCAUGUAUAUUCCCUCUCUAUAACACUAUCAAGAAAGGAAAUUGGGAGUGUGCCUUAUAUGGAGCUCUGUGUGUCAUGAGUGCACACACAAUCAGUUUGAAUAAAAUUAUGCAAAUUAAGAAAAAUAUUUUGCAUAAUUCCGAUUUCACGAUCUAGCUUCUCAGAAAUUUUUCAGGGAGAGCUAAAGCAUACAGCAAUGAAAAGGAAAGGCUUGAACACAUAGGUGGCAAAGAGCACCAGUUACAUGGAGAAAUUGCAAUGGGAAUUCAAGAACUGUGUAGGAUAUUUAACAUCUUUGGGUACAAUAA